AGAUUUCAAAGCUGAAACCACACUGUGGUUUUGUUCAGUGUCGUUUAGCAGGUUGGACUAAAUCCUCAGAUUGAUUCUGAGACGAAGAGUGUAAAAUGAUUUCUUUAGGCAGAAGACGCCUCGCUCUGUGUUGCAACCUCCUCUUUUGUCUACUCCUAGGUUGUGUGUCUGCAGAAAGCAUCAUAGCCACAGUGGGAGAAGAUGUUACUUUGAUAUGUAACUAUGAUGCUAAGUACUACGGCAAGCUUUCUGCAUGCUGGGGUCGAGGAGCCAUCCCCAACAGUGGCUGUGGCAAUGAGAUGAUCAAGACAGACGGGACAUCAGUGAUCAACAGAUUGUCAGAGCGUUACCUGCUCCGGGGUAAUAUUGGAGAGGGGGAUGUGUCGCUGACCAUCAGGCAGGUUGAGGAGGGCGACUCCGGGACGUAUGGCUGUCGUGUGGAAAUACCAGGCUGGUUCAAUGAUCACAAACACCAGCUGACUCUGACUGUAGUGGCAGUACGCCCCAAUGCCCUGAAGGUGGAUACAAGAGAGGUGAAGGAAAGAACUGUCACUGUUCGCUGGACUCCUGUGUUUGAUGGCGGCAGGCCCAUUACAGCUUACAGGAUUGAUCUCAAAAACAAACAGGCAUCCUGGGAUACUGCAGUGACAACUGAACUCUAUAAUCCUGAACUGACUCAGCUGACUUUGGCGGAUUUGCGUCCGGCCAAGGCCUACAACCUUCGCAUGUUUGCUAUCAACAGUGUGGGCAUGAGCGAGACCAGCAAUGUUCUGACAGUGACAGCGAAAGAAGCAGCACCAGAGGGUCCUCCCCUGGACAUGCAGCUGGAGGCCCUCACUUCUCACAGUAUCAAAGUCACUUGGAAGCCGCCGAGGCUCGAGCACAGAAAUGGGGUUCUUCGGAGUUACAGCAUUAGCUACAGAGAGUACGACCCUGCAGGCAGACAGUUCAAGAGAUGGCAGCACUUAAGUGUGACGGCCACAAGGGAAGUAGAGAGCGUCAUCCUGAGCAACCUGAAGCCUUCUGCCAAAUACGGCGUGAUUAUACAAGCCAAAACUAAUGCAGGAGUAGGACCUGCCUCAACCGCACCGCUCUGCUCCACUCUGGAUGAGGUUCACAAAACUUCAACAUUGUCAAAUAUCAAGUCUACUUCCACUGCUGCCACACUUUGGAUACAAGACACUUCAAGUCUCUCUUCAGUUCACACAACAAUUGAGACUGUUACUGCUGCCACAGUUUGGGGAGAAAGCACCACAAGUCACACAUCAGUGCCCCCGGACCCCCCAUUGGUUGAGCUAAAGGAGGUCAAAGACAAUACAAUUUCCCUAUUAUGGACUCCCGGGUUUGAAGGUGACAGCCCCAUCACUGGCUAUUAUCUGGAGUCUAAAGCAGUUAACGCCUCGUGGGAUUACAGAAGGACAGUUGUUGACUUUAGCACCAACCAGACAGAGGCCACUAUAAUAGAGAUUAAUCCCUCCACAUACAAUAUCCGCAUGUUUGCCAAGAACAGUCGGGCCACCAGUAAAGCCAGCAAUGUCCUCACCAUCACCACCGGAGAAGCAGGUCAUAAGAGGGAUGAUCUCCUAACGACCAUAUCUUCUGACACUCAUGCUGCUGCGAGCGUUAACAAGAGUCAAAGUGGUCACCUAGCGGUCAUCGUGGUGCCAGUGGUGCUGCUGAUGUUGGUCGUUGCCAUGGUAACCACAUGGCAACUUCGACGAAUAAAACAGAAAAAAGGCAACCUGAACAUGUGGCUGACCAAUGGAGCACUACGUUACAGAGGCUCUGAGCCACUACAGGAGCUGUAAAACUCUGAGUCACCCUACAUUUUAGCCAACGACGAAGCUAAAACCUACACAUAAACAGUGCAUUUAUAUUAAAUUAAAAAAAUAGAAUUAUAUAUAUGUGUGUGUUAUGUAAUUUAGGAACAAAAUCAAAUCUACUACAUCUUAUUGAUCAUAGUUGAUUGAGUUAAUUCAUACUAACCAAAAGAAAAAUAAAUCUCUAACGUGUAACUAUUCAGUAAAUAAACUAAUCACAACACAAGUGUUGCUGAGAUCUGCCUUUACUUCUAAGUUGUUUUUCUGUUGCAGUUGUUGUAUAAGUUCAUUUGUCAUUUUUGUUGUUUUCUCUCCUUCUAACAAUAUGUAGGCUAUCUGUUUACAUUUUUAUAAACAUCAACAGAUCAUUAAAUGACUUGUAAUAUUUG